CCCUGAAUGAGCCAACCAUCGACUACGGAUUCCAGCGCUUGCAGAAAGUGAUCCCGCGACACCCCGGUGACCCCGAGCGCUUACCCAAGGAAGUGCUACUCAAGAGGGCGGCCGACCUGGUGGAAGCGUUGUAUGGAAUGCCACACAAUAACCAGGAUAUCAUCCUGAAACGGGCAGCCGACAUUGCCGAGGCCCUGUAUAGUGUCCCACGCAACCCCAACCAGCUGACCUCCCUGGCCGGGAACCACGCCCACUCCGGCAUGAUGGGCGUCAACUCCUUCGGGAGCCAGUUGGCCAUCAACAUCAGCGACUCCCAGGGCUCAGAGCAAGGAUACUCGCGCAACACGAGCAGCGUCUCCCCGCGAGGCUACGUGCCCAGCUCCACCCCGCAGCAGAGCAGCUACAGCACCAUCACCUCCAGCAUGAACGGUUACGCGGGCGCCGCCAUGACCAGCCUCGGGGUGCCCGGGUCGCCCAGCUUCCUCAACGGCUCCACCGCCAACUCUCCCUAUGCCAUCAUGCCCUCCAGCCCACCCCUGGGUGCCUCCUCCAUCGCCAGCUCCUCCACGCCAGCGGGCGUCUUCUCCUUCUCGCCCGUCAACAUGAUCUCCGCCGUCAAGCAGAAAAGCGCCUUUGCUCCCGUGGUCCGGCCGCAAGCCUCCCCGCCCCCGACCUGCACCAGCGCCAACGGGAACAGCCUCCAAGCCUUGACGGGUCUCAUCGUACCGCCCAUGUGA